AAGAUUUUUAGGAUUUAGGAUUCCACAACACCACAAAUUUUUCUUUUUUAGAUAAUUUUUAUGAUUUUUAAACUUGUAAUUUUUUCCCAAAUUAAUUGAAGCAUUAUUUUUGAAGAAAAAAAAACUAAUCUACGUCAACUGUGUAAUCAAUCACUUACGGUAUUGUUAGUAUUAUUUACAGACCCUUGUCAGAACAAUCGACGUUGCAGUUUGUUUCGCGAUAGAUGACUGAUGGUUGGGUUAUUUCAAUUUCUGUUUAUCAAUAGAUCAUAGAUAUCUAUAGGUAUACCGUGAUAUUAGACAUGUGACCCUCGAGCAUUACAACGGUGAUCUUAUAUUUUCAUGUAACAUGUGUUAGAAAGUAAGUCAUGGACCAAACGCCGCUGUUCAGUGCCUGUUUGCGCGCUGUGCGCCUGCGCAACAAGGAGCUGGCGGCGGCGGCGGACGGCCGCGUGCUGCCGCGCCGCUCGGUCAGUGCGUUCCAGCGGCGCGCCGCCGACAUCGUGGCGAGCGUGGCGCGUCUGGCGGCCUUCCUGCAGGAGCACCGCGCCGGCUACCUGCGCACGGGGCGCGCCGACGGCCAGCCGCUGUCCGACGCCGAGCGAGACGAGGUGGAGGCCGGCGCCGAGGCGAUAAUGCGCACCUGCGGCCAGCUGGUGCGCGACUUCCGCCGCGAGCUGCCGCCCGUCACCGCCGGCGACCAGGCGGCGCUGCACCGGCAGGCCGUGGCCGACAGCAUGGAGGCCUAUCUGAAACGGGUCUGCCGCCUGUACGCUGAAAUGAAGGCCGUUCGCGUCAAACGCUCCGUCGACCGCCGCAACAUGGACCAGAUCGCCACGCCGGAGCCGCGCCGGGUACCGCCGCUGGCGCGGAAUGCGCCGGAGCCGGCCCCGGUGGCGCGGGACCGGCCCGGCGGCGGUCCGGCGCCCUGGGAGCUGGAGCAGCCCAGCUCGCCGCUGCUGACCGGAGACGAGCUCUCCCCGGAGGACAUUCAGAUGCUGGAAGAGGAGAAUGACCAGAUGUUCAACGAGCUCAACAGCAUGACGGAGGAGGUGCGCCGCGUUGAGAGCAAGGUGGUGAAGAUCGCGCAGCUACAGGAGAUUUUCACAGAGAAGGUGCUGGAACAAGAUAAAGACAUCGACCGCAUUGGCGACACAGUGGUGGGCACGACGGAAAAUAUCAAGGAAGCCAACGAGCAACUCCGCAGCGCCAUUAAAAAGAACGCAGGUACGCGCGUCUGGGUCAUGUUUUUCCUUCUGGUGAUAUCGUUUUCGCUUCUUUUUCUGGAUUGGUAUAAUGAUUAAUGGGAACCCUGAUUGCUAUGUAUGCGAUAGGUCGAUGCACUGGGUUGGGAUAACUUGAUUCGAUGAUUAACGAUUGUGAUAUGAUAGAAUAUAUAUAUUUUUGCUGAU